GUAGUGGUGUUUUGCUGUUCGUUGACUCAAUGGUUAUUGCUUCUAAAAUACUGAUGAUAUUUCAUCUCCCUUUUAUAAUGAUUGUUGUUGUUAUUAAAUUCUGGAUAGGAAUCACGUUACCUAUGUGGACUAUGACAGGUAUUCAAAAUGUAUUCAGAUAAAAUUUAUGAAUAUAUCAAAAAUCUUUCUAAAACUGGACAGAAGGAGAUCGAAAUACAAAGCUUACCUUAAAAGAACUGGAAGAGGAAACCCAUUGUCACCUUUAUAGUUUCUUAUUCUCUCUUUUUUUUUCUCUGUGGGCUAUUUUAAAAAGAGUAAAGUGGAUUUAAGAUAGAUUUUCAAGCUUAGGUAUUACCCCCAAAAUACAUCAAGGUGAGUGGGGUGGAGCCUCUGGCCUCCAAGGCCCCGCUUUUAGGGGUAGGUGAAGGUGUCCAGGCUAACUUUCUGCCUCUUCAGACCCCUUUGCUCCCUGCUUUGAGCUUUUCCCUCUUUCUGAUCUUUCCCUUAUUGCUUUAUUUAUUUAUUUUUGGCCAGCCCCCCCCCUCCCCCCGGGCAACCACGUGCUUGGGAUCUGUGUGUCUGGACUGCCUUCUCUAACAGUUCAGCCUGAGUGUCAGCAGAAUGAAAACCAGAUGGACCAGCAGUUUCCCACUGUUAUCUCCCAGUCGACUCUGGCAGGGCCCCCUCUAGCCCUCCUUCCUUGGCAUGACAGAAAUAUUUGCCUUUAUUUAGGGAGACUCGGAUUCGCUGCCCUUACCUCUUCCCUGAGCUGCAGCACAAGCGGAAAGCUAUUUAUUCCCCUUGUGGCUGAGGUGGGGCGAGAUCGGACUGAGAAGCACUCCACGAUGCCAGACUCACCUGUGGAUGUGAAGACCCCGUCCAGGCUGACUCCUCCCACGAUGCCACCUCCCCCGACGACUCAAGGAGCUCCCAGAACCAGUUCAUUUACACCAACAACAUUAACUAAUGGCACGAGCCACUCGCCCACAGCCUUGAAUGGUGCCCCCUCGCCGCCCAAUGGCUUUAGCAACGGGCCUUCAUCUUCGUCCUCGUCUUCUCUGGCCAACCAGCAGCUGCCCCCGGCCUGCGGCGCCCGGCAGCUCAGCAAGCUGAAGCGGUUCCUCACCACCUUGCAGCAGUUUGGCAACGACAUCUCGCCAGAGAUCGGAGAGAGGGUCCGCACCCUCGUGCUGGGACUGGUGAACUCUACUUUGACAAUUGAAGAAUUUCAUUCCAAACUGCAAGAAGCUACGAACUUCCCACUGCGACCUUUUGUCAUCCCAUUUUUGAAGGCCAACUUGCCCCUGCUGCAGCGGGAGCUGCUGCACUGCGCCAGGCUGGCCAAGCAGAACCCUGCCCAGUACCUCGCCCAGCACGAGCAGCUGCUCCUGGACGCCAGCACCACCUCACCUGUUGACUCCUCGGAGCUGCUUCUCGACGUGAACGAAAACGGGAAGAGGCGAACUCCAGACAGAACCAAAGAAAAUGGCUUUGACAGAGAGCCUUUGCACUCAGAACAUCCAAGCAAGCGACCAUGCACUAUUAGCCCCGGCCAGCGGUAUAGUCCGAGUAACGGCUUGCCCUACCAGCCCAACGGCCUGCCUCACCCCACCCCGCCGCCCCCUCAGCAUUACCGUUUGGAUGAUAUGGCCAUCGCCCACCACUACAGGGACUCCUAUCGACACCCCAGCCACAGGGACCUCAGGGACAGGAACAGACCUAUGGGGUUGCAUGGCACACGUCAAGAAGAAAUGAUUGAUCACAGACUAACAGACAGAGAAUGGGCAGAGGAAUGGAAACACCUUGACCAUCUGCUGAACUGCAUCAUGGACAUGGUGGAGAAGACGCGGCGCUCGCUGACCGUGCUGCGGCGCUGCCAGGAGGCCGACCGCGAGGAGCUGAACUACUGGGUCCGGAGGUACAGCGACGCCGAGGACUUGAAGAAGGGCGGCAGCGGCGGCAGCAGCCACUCCAGGCAGCAGAGCCCCGUCAACCCGGACCCCGUCGCCUUAGACGCGCAUCGGGAGUUCCUGCACAGGCCUGCUUCUGGAUACGUGCCAGAGGAGAUCUGGAAGAAAGCUGAGGAGGCGGUGAACGAGGUGAAGCGCCAGGCGAUGACCGAGCUGCAGAAGGCGGUGUCCGAGGCCGAGCGGAAGGCGCACGACAUGAUCACCUCGGAGCGCGCCAAGAUGGAGCGCACGGUGGCCGAGGCCAAGCGGCAGGCGGCCGAGGACGCGCUGGCUGUCAUCAACCAGCAGGAAGACUCGAGCGAGAGUUGCUGGAAUUGUGGCCGCAAAGCGAGCGAGACGUGCAGCGGCUGUAACACAGCCCGCUACUGUGGCUCGUUCUGCCAGCACAAAGACUGGGAGAAGCACCACCACAUCUGUGGACAGACCCUGCAAGCCCAGCAGCAGGGGGACACGCCCGCUGUCAGCUCCUCCGUCACACCCAACAGUGGGGCCGGGAGCCCCAUGGACACGCCACCAGCAGCCACCCCGAG